UAAACAACGAAAACUGAUUAAUAACAAACAAGGUGUACAAUGAUAAUAGUUGACAAAUAGACGACAUCUUAUAUUUUUUCAAACAAUAAAGAAAUUGCGUUAUUUAAUAACUAACAAAUUUAAAGAAGUGCAAUGAGUGAUUUAAGCGAUAAAGUCAUUGCGGCGAAAACAGCGUUAUUUAGCGCUUUGGGUGAAAACGCACAUAAAUAUUUGGCAAACAUGAAGUUGUGGUUUCGUUAUAAAUGGUCCAAAGAAGAAUUUGACAGUGAAUCAAGAAAAUUUCUUACUUCCGAUAAAAUGCACUUACACAAUCAAUUUCUAAUUGCUAUACUAAACAAAAUCGAUGCAUUUCAAACUCCAGAAAAGUCAGCGUUACUUUUCGCAUCGCACAACAAUAGUGGUCCUGCGGGCAGUACAACUGGCACCGCUAGUGGUGGUAGUAGCAGCAGUCGUAGCCGCAAACGCAAAAGAAGUUCACGAGCGGUCAGUGAUCGUGUUACUUUCGAACCAUACGAUUUUCUUGACUUCAUAGUGGAAGACAAUUUAGAAUGUAUUAAACCCACAGCGGGAACCGAUGCUAAUGUCCAAAUAUUGCCUACACAGCGUUAUUGCGUACAGGAACUGUUUUUGCCUGAUGCGGGCUUUGUGCUGGGUCGCUUUCUAAUUGGUGCUUGGGAAGUGGGAUUAACUAAUGUCGAAGACAAUGUGGCCGAGUAUGUGGCAAUGGCGGUGCAGGUGCUCUUAAAAAAUCUCAUAUCGGCGAUUAUAAUGAAUCGUAAACAUUAUAAAGUAACCGGCGAUGGUUCGUUUUACUAUGAUGUUGGUGCACCAUUAAAAGAUCCUUCUCUGCGGAAUACAGUUACGAGACAAAAAAUUGAUGAUGGACCAUUAGAGCUUGAUAAAGAAAUUACUUCACCGAAUUUUAUGCGUCGUUCAAAUGAAGAUGGAGUUUUCUUAUCAGCUUGUGAAGAAAUUGAGCCACAAAGACGUGAAAUAAUAACAUUGAAGGAUGCGCAGCGUGCUUUCAACGAUCACAAUCUUAUUGCAUCACACUCCGUAUAUUCUAUUAAUAUGGAGCGACUUACGCAAAUGUUACACUAAUUAUGCAAAUAAUAUACAUAUAUAUUGUAUAUAAAA